AUGGCUACGUGGAGUAUCUGUGAUGCAGCAGUUAAAUUUCACGAGCGUGAAUCUCGUUAUGCCCUGUUGCUGUUGGGUGGCAUUGCUCUUUCCUGCCUCGCUCUGGACCUGCUCUUUCUCUUGUUCUACUCGUUUUGGCUGUGUUGCCGCCAUCGGAAGGGCGAAGAACAUCUAAAUGCUGACUGCUGCUGUACGGCAUGGUGUGUCAUCAUCGCAACCCUGGUGUGCAGUGCUGGAAUUGCUGUUGGCUUCUAUGGGAAUGGAGAGACCAGUGAUGGCAUUCACCGGCUGACGUACUCGCUACGCCAUGCAAACCGCACUGUGGCAGGCGUCCAAGACCGGGUGUUAGAUACCGCAGUGGCCCUCAACCAAACAGUGGAACCAAACUUGCUCAUCCUGGAGGAGAUGUUCACAAAGCAGACAGACUACCUGCACAUUGUCCAGAAACUGCAAGGUCUUUUGGAUGAUCUGGUCAGGCAAACCACUGAGAUCCCCUUUUGGAAGAAUGAAGAGCUGUCUCUGGAGGACCUGGCAAUUCAGAUUGACCUCUACGACUGGUACAGGUGGCUGGGAUACCUGGGCCUGCUCCUGUUCCAUGUCCUGAUUUGUUUGCUGGUGCUCUUUGGGCUCAUUAGAAACUCCAGGGCCAUUCUUAUGGGGGUGUGCUUGCUGGGGGUGUUUGCCCUGAUUGUCAGCUGGGGAUCCUUGGGUCUGGAGUUGGCUGUCGCUGUGGGCUCCAGUGACUUCUGUAUUAACCCCGAUGCUUAUGUCUCCAAAGUGGUUGAAGAGAAUUCGGUGCUUAGUGCUGAUACUCUUCGCUAUUACAUAACCUGUAGUGCUGGAUACCCCAACCCUUUCCAGCAGAAGCUGUCAGGAAGUCACAAGGCUCUGGUGGAAAUGCAGGAUGAUGUUACAGAGCUCAUGAGGUCAGCAAGCAGGGAGCACCCCACCUCCAAGGAGUAUCUUACUCGGAUCCAGGAGGUUUUAAAUUCAACAGAGAUCAACUUGCAGCAACUGACAGCUUUAGUAGACUGUCGGAGUCUGCAUUUGGAUUACGUCCAGGCUUUGACGGGCUUUUGCUACGAUGGAGUGGAAGGCCUCAUCUACCUGGUUCUCUUCUCCUUCGUCACAGCCCUCAUGUUCAGUUCCAUUGUGUGCAGUGUCCCACACACUUGGCAGCAAAAGAGAAGCUCAGAUGAUGAUGGGGAAGAAGAAUCAGCUGCUCAAGGGAGUAGACAAACACACGAUAAUCUUUACAGAGUGCACAUGCCCAGCCUCUAUAGCUGUGGGAGUAGUUAUGGCAGUGAGACCAGCAUUCCAGCAGCAGCACACACAGUCAGCAAUGCUCCCGUCACAGAGUACAUGAGCCAGAAUGCAAAUUUCCAGAACCCCCGUUGCGAGAAUACCCCGCUCAUUGGCCGGGAGUCCCCACCUCCCUCAUACACCUCCAGUAUGAGAGCCAAAUACCUCGCCACCAACCAACCUCGUCCAGAUGCUGGCAGCGUGCAUUAAAAUGAAAAAGCAAAAGCAAAAAAAAAAAACAAAACAAAACAAACAAAACCCACACAUGCAGUCAGACUAAACAAUGUGCCAACUGCUGUGCCCCUGUGCUGUCCUCUUAGAACAAUCCUGCUGUUCUGCCCAAAAUCCAGUGCAGCUCCUUCUGUUGCUCCAAUCCAGACCACCCCUCCAACCUGGUACCUGCCCACUGGAGUGGAAAACCCUUUUGCAUUUAAGCCUUUGCCUUGUUGUGCGCGAGAGAGGAAGCACAUGCAGGCAAGCAACUGAGAGCACCCAGGCAAGAAACUGGGUCCACCUGCUUGGGGCCAGCUUUAUCAGAGUAGCUUAUCAGAAAGAGUUGGUGAAUAUCUUCUGCCCCCUUUUUUCCCCUUGAGUUCCCCAGAGGGACGCGGUGAAAGAUGGUGGUAGAUCUUCUUCACUUCUGCAAUGGAAUCAGCAGUCUGUUAAACACGGAAGCAGCAGAGGCUUGGUGCCUGUGACUAGCGUACAACGAGGGAAAGCUGAGUCAAUGCACGAUACAGCAUUCUGGGAGUCCUCUGGUCCGGUGCCCUGUGCGAGGGAGGAGGGAACCCCCUGCCUCAUUGCUGUCACUGUAUAUCCACUGCAAUUUGGGAGCCUGGGGCUCUUCUGGAGCAAACCAUUCCACUACCCUGGUUUACUUUUUUUUUUUAAUUCAUUAAGAAAAUGUCUUUUUCUUUCCCACUAUAUCUAGCCUGUGAAUUCUCAAGGAGGAGCAGGGGGUCCCAGCACCAAUCAACUACCCUGUCCAUUGCUCUGAACCUGACUUCUCUGCUCCAUCAGGGAAGCCCAGGUACUUGCAGAUGGCAUUCUGGGUGCUGCCUGUACGAGGCUGACACACAGAUCAAACAGGAGCCAGCCACCCACUUGGUGCCAAAUUUUUCCAGGAAAAGACUUGUAAGUCUUUAGGGGGGGGGUAUUUUUGCACUGAAGAAUUUCGGCUCUCUGAUGCUAGAUCUUACGGGACAGUCAGCUUGCAAAAGCAAGAGAGCCUGGAAGCACCAGUGGAUUUAUAGCAAAUGCAAGCUCUCCCUGCAGGAGUGACCUGUGAACUCCUGGACUUUUUCUUUUCUUUUUUUUUUUAAUCGUAAUUUACAGCACAGGGUUGCUGAACUGGCAUUGAAGGAAGUUUUUGGAGCCUCAGUCCUAACAAACUCACAAGAUCAUCAGUACUACUACUUCUGUGUUCCAGAAUCAGAAACCCAAAUGACAUCUGGAGAACAUUGUGACUGUCAGAACAGGUUUUUAUUUUAUUCUAUUUUAUUUCACUUUGUUUUUCAAGGCACGUUGCUAACCACUGUCUGACCAUAUUAAGGCACGUGUAAGGCAUUUUUCUAGACAUGAGGCAGAACAAGGGUUGCAAAGGGGCAGCUGGGUGCCUGCAGAGGGCAACAUCCUCCAUUGGUGCUGUACUUUCCACUGAAGAGCAGUGCUCUGAAGGGCACUGACAGCUUCCUACUGGAAGAGGAGACUGCCUCUUGGGAGGUACUGUCGAGUACUGCCCUUUCAGUAGGGUAACUACGAUGUUCCUUUUUGUCUUUUUACCUCUGAGCAGGGGCAUCUUAGUGUAGCUGCUGAGCAUUACAUUAAAUAACUGGCAGAGUAAAUCAAGUGGGAAACGUCUCUCAAACUGGAGUUGAGCCAUUGGCAGAGGCAGUGUCUUCACCUCAGUGAUGUUCAGACUUGAUGUCUGCUUACCCCAUGUUUGCUGUACGGGGCACAGAAUCUACCAAUCUGCCUUUACUCAAGUCAGUUGCCUUCUUGCAGUGAGGUAGGAAUUGCUCCUAGCAGGUAGCUAACUAGCACGAUGGUAUCUGCUGUAAAAUGGUACCAGCUCUGUGGAAGAGCAAGCUUUGAGACUCCUCUUAAGAUAGAAACCACUAAUAGGCUGCAGAAGCUGUAGGGCAGCUAUUACCAUUCAAAGGAGUGAGGGAGACAGGGAGGAGGCACCGCCACGCAGACAGGAAGAGAAGAUUUUGGAGAAAAACUUCACACUUCACCAUAAAUCUCUGCAAGCAGGAUUUUCUUGCUCAGGACUGAGUACGCCCUUUCAGACAUGUUUGAUGGGCUUCACACUGAAACAUACCUCUGUUAUCAAAUAACAAGGGCAGGGAAAUGUAGUCACAGGUGGUAUGGAGGGACACUCUGGCUCGUGAGCACCAGGUUUUCCACUCUGUCUUAAAGCCUACCAGGAGACCCAGGUGUGCAAGCAUGUGGCAUGGUUAGCUUGCAGGGCCCAAAGCAUGCAACUGCUAUCUGGGGGGAACUGAACUUCCCCUCACUUGGAAGAAAGAAGCAAGAGCCAUAUAAUCCUUAUUAAGACUGAGUUGUUCUGCCAUCAUCUCUCCUUGCAAGGAUGUGCCCGGGUUGCUACUUACACUAUCAAUUUUAGGGGAGCUGCCCUAAAAAUCUGUGGCCAGUCCUACUCAUUGAAGGCAAGUGUUUUGAAGGCUGGAGGGUGUGGGGAACCCUGUGAAAACAAAUGCUUCUGUAUAUUGACCUUUCUGUAUACAGAAUGCAUCCUGAACGUGCGUGUGACUGCACUUUGGAUUGAAUCUAAAUUGUCACAGUGGUGGUGUUUGAGCCAGCAGGGAUAACGGGGGAGCGAGCCUAUGCCUUUUUGUUUGCAGCAUCUAAUGGAGCAGCCACCUUGACCUGCUUCUUUCCAAGGUCUGGCAUGGCCACUCGUAACACCCAGAACAACUUCUGACAAUGUUUGGGGCUUGCAGCAAGGCACAGAUAUGGAGAUGUGUGCUCUGUGACUUCAAAAUAUGACUGGAAAGAAUGUUAUGGAAAUAACAUUUUGCUCUCUGGAGGCCAGCAUAACGUGACUGCGGUGUGAGCUGUGUACCUUUGUCCAGCCAGCACAUCCUUUACUUGACAUGGAUAUUGCACUUUUGUAAAGCAUCCUGGAACUCUGCUGCCCCGCUGCAUGCUGUGCAGAGCGCUGGAUAGGAAACACAGACAAAUGGGUUUCUUUUGGUUUGUUGUUAUUAUUAUUAUUACUACUUUUUUUUUUUUUUUACUGGAACCUUGAACAACAGUGUGGCAUUUCUGCAGGCUGGUCUGAACAGAUCUGCUGAAGAACAGAUGGCCUUUGCCUAUUCUUAUGGCUGCGACAUAAUCAGCCUCAUCCAUAUGGUCACAUUUUGUCUGAGGAGUGGACUUUCAAAAGCCAAGAUCUCCCAGACUCUGUGCCACCCUCUGGGGUGAACAGCAGGUGCUAUCUGGCGAAGACUCAUCUGUUCUAGAUGGCAUUCAUGGUUGAGGGAGUCCAAACUCUUCAAGCUGUAGGAGGUAAAGCUGUAGAGACUUCUCUCUCUUCCCUUGUGUCUCUGUUUUUAAUGUGACAAAAUGCCAAGGCCGUAUCACUUGGUAUGUCCCAGCUGACCUUAUUGGAACAUUACUCAUGUUACUGGUUGCUAGCAAAAGGGUCCAGAAUUCAGGGGAGAUGAGAUUGGCCUCUGGACACCUCGCUGACUGCAAAAUGGAAGGCAGCUUGUCUGGUUGAAGGUGACUGCAUCGGUGAAGACACUUCAUGUUACUUUUUCAGAAGCACAAAUGUGGUCAUUGGCUUGUCUGGUUGGCUUGGUUUAUUUCCACUGCAUCAUCAUGUGUGAAUGACACUUUCUUUUGGAACUGAGAACUCUUCCAAGCACACAAACAUCUCCACAAUGUGAAAUGUAAAUAGCAUGUUGGACUCUUGUGUCCAGUGUUCAAGACUGCAUUGUAAUUGUAAAGGAAAUCGAAUCAAGACUUGGCUGUGAAUUUCUUGUGCUGUCUUGGGAAUAUAACUGUAGUGUUUGUAUCCUGUAUGUAUUAUUAAACUGAGUUCAUUUUAUGUGCUGACAAAAGGGUUCAAGCUAAGAUUUUUAGCGUGCAUCCAUGUACCCAAAUGUGAAGGAUGGAGUGCUCCCUUCCCCUCCUGUCCUUUUUAAGUUUUCUCCAUUUGAUAGGUGUUAAUUUUCCGUGUACGGUCAUCUCAGCCAAGAUGCAAGGAUGUUCAUUUGAGUGCUUUGAGGGGGACACAGUGCAUGGGGUUUUAAGUGAUCCUAAGUUAGGAUUUCCAUAGCAGUUCCCUGACAAUACAUUAAAAGUUUGGCCUUUCUGAGAGUAAGCCACUUCUCAGGGGGCUGCUUAGCAAUUGCUCAUGAGAGCUUUGGGUGCUGCAGGAUGAUAGCAGAUGGGAAUGGGUGGAUACCCGUAAGAGCAAGGUACAGGUACCCGUGUGGAUAAACCCAUGCUUCACUUCUGGUCCCACCUUCUCUUCCUUCUAGCAGCAACUGAAAUACCAUGCUGAGCCCGUUGAAGAAGAGAGAAAUGUCUUGGCUUGUUGAUUCUAGCCACCCCACCCCAUUCAGGAGUGGAUGAAGUGGGUGGCUUUCACAUUAGCUUAGGGAGAGGAGCUGUCUUUGAAGUACUUCCUACCUGGGAACCGAGGAGAAGCCAGGGUCUUCCCCAGCUCAACAAGUCUGUUAGUGUAACUCAGUGAAUGUCCCAGGGUGGGAGGGGAAAAGCCCCCAGGGAGAUACCAAGGAGUAGAUCUAAUGCCUUGAGAGAAGAGACCUGACAAGGCUUAGUCUGCAUCUUUAACCAGGUGGAUUCUUUCAUCACAGCCUACUCCCCUUUUCUAGAAAUUAUUUGUGUGCGUGCUAUGGAUGGCUUCCCUCAUCAUUCCAGGAGGCCCAGCAGAAGUGUGGGAUGUUUUGGUAGCAGUUCCUAGAUGGCUAGGAAGCGACCUGUGCUUUUGAGGGGGGGAGUGGGAUCUCCUGCCGAGCCGUGAUGGUGAGCGUGUUGCCCAGCUGGGAGAGAGAGGGGAUGGGUUACUGGUGGCCUGGAGCUCCCAGGUGCCCACCCAGCCCCUGUGGCUGCAUGCAUGAACAAAGUGGAACAUAAAUUGAUGUACAACCAGAAAGUUCAAAAUAUUCCUUUCCUGAAGAGGAUAACUGUAGCAUGAAGCUCUUAGGUGCUUUGCAUAUUUGAUACCACGUUGCUCCUCACUAUGCAAUUCCCAACUCCUUCCUUCCUCUUCCUCUUCUAAUCUCACACCCAGACUUCUCCAGUGGCCUCUGCCCAGGAGGCCACUGAAGUCCCAGAAAAGCUUCAUUUCCUUCAUUGUCCUCUGCAUUGGGUCCAGCUGCCCAGCCGUCACGUCGCGUGCCUCAGGUCCCUUGUUAACGGGAGGCCCCAUGAGUUUUAUUCACAUCAUUCAGAGGGAAGUUUAUUUUCUUGGACACUGUGCACAGAAACCUAAUGGUGAACAUGUACCUGGCCUUUUUGUAACUUUUCUGUUUUUUCUUCUUAACCAUAAUGGUUGUAUA